CUUGCUGCUCUUACGUGUUUCCGGGACACGGCAUUUUCUUCUUCCGGAAUACGUAAACAUGGCGCCUCCAGUCCCGCUGUUAGCAGUUCGUGGCUCAGAUGGGACGUCUCUGCUCACAGGUCCUCCACAGUGUGAGCAGCACUCAGCCUUCACCAGGGACCCUCGGCUCAGCAGGUGUCUGACCUUCAGCAGAGAUGGGACUCUGUUCGGGUGGUGUAACGGACACAGUGUCUCCGUGGUGAAAUCCUCAGACAGCUCCAUCGUCUCGACCUUUGACCUCCCAAAGACGGCUCUGCUGGAGUUCUCUCCUCUGAACGGUGUCCUGGUUACCUGGCAACCAUACACCAAGGCUCAGGACAGUCCUCAGGGGGAGGCCAACCUGCAGCUGUGGGACCUGCACAGCGGUCAGCUGAUCAAAGCUCUGUAUCAGAAGAAAGUCGACUCCUGGUGUCCCAGCUGGUCUGAUGAUGAGAAGAUCUCUGUGAGGAGCGUCAACAACGAGCUGCACUUCUACGAGAACAACGACUUCAACUCCAUUGCCAACAAGCUCCACAUGCAGAAAGUCUCAGACUUUGUGUUGUCACCUGGAGGUCAGCCCAGCAAGGUCGCCGUCUACGUCCCGGGCAGUAAAGGAGCUCCUUCGUUUGUGCGUCUGUACCAGUACCCGGUGCUGGGAGGACCGACGGCAGCGCUCGCCAACAAGAGCUUCUUCAAGGCCGACAGAGUCGCCAUGCAGUGGAACAAGAAAGCCUCAGCAGUUCUGGUGACAGCGAGUACAGAGGUGGAUAAAACCGGAGCGUCAUAUUACGGAGAGCAGACGCUGCAUUACCUGGCUGUGAACGGAGAGACGGCUCUGGUCCAGCUGCCGAAGAACGGUCCGAUCUACGAUGUGGCCUGGAGUCCGAACUCGGCAGAGUUCUGUGUGGUUUAUGGCUUCAUGCCGGCCAAAGCCACCAUCUUCAACCUGAAAUGUGACCCGGUGUUCGACUUUGGAACUGGACCGAGAAACGCUGCUUACUACAGUCCUCAGGGCCACAUCCUGGUCUUGGCCGGCUUCGGGAACCUGCGGGGUCAGAUGGAGGUCUGGGACAUGAAGAAGUACAAACAGGUGUCCAAACCUCAGGCUCCGGACGCCACUCACUUCUCCUGGUGUCCUGACGGCGAACACGUUGUCACGGCAACCUGCUCCCCCCGCCUGCGGGUCAGUAACGGUUAUAAGAUCUGGCACUACACCGGCUCCGUGCUGCAUAAGUGGGACGUGGCGGCCGGGUCCGAGCUGUGGGAGGUUCGCUGGCAGCCAUUCCCCGAGGGCAGCUUCCCCGAGCGACCCGUGAAGUACCAGGCGGCGCCCAGCGAGCUUGGAACCACACAGGCUCCGCCCACACAGGCGUAUCGCCCACCUGCACUGAGACACCUGCCGGCCACGCCCAGCGCCAAACUGCACGAGGAGGAGCCUCCUCAGAACAUGCGUCCAGGUGUCUCAGGGGAGAAGAGUCUUUCUAAAUCAGCUCUGAAGAACCAGAGGAAACGAGAAGCAAAGAAAGCAGCUAAACAGGAGUCAAAGUCUGAACCUGAGCCUCAGUCUGACUCUGUCCCCAUCACCAACAGCCAAUCAGAGCCGAGCAGUGGUGACCCGGAGAUGGACAAGAAGAUAAAGAAUAUAAAGAAGAAACUUAAAGCCAUCGAGGAGCUGAAGGAGCAACAGGUGUCAGGGAAGGUCCUGCAGAAGAACCAGCUGGAGAAGAUCCAGAAGGAGGAGCAGCUGCUGAAGGAGCUGGAGGAGCUGCAGAUCUGACAGUAGGAGGCGCUGCAGGAUGGAGGAGGCUGAAUGCUGCUUCUGUUUCUUCUUCGCUGAAAUAUUUUAGGUUUCCGCCGUUUCCUUCACCUGACACCUGAGGACAGGUGGGGGCGGGGCUUGUCUGUUUUCAUGCAUCUGCCUGUCAUCAAGUCAUUCCUCUGUUUCUGGAGGUUGACCCAAAGGAAUUCUGGGAAAUGUAUUUCACUAACAAAUUAAGAGUUUGUCACAGCUGAAACUGGAGGAGCCUUUAAAGGAGCAGUUUAACAACUGUUGGACUGUUCCUUUAACACAGUGUGUGUGUGUGUGUGUGUGUGUGUGUGUGUGUGUGUGUGUGUGUGCGUGUGCGCGCGCGCGCGCGCAGCCCAUUGAACCCUGUUGCUAUGCAACAUCUGUAUAGAUGCUGAAGCCUUUGACAGUGUUCCUUUCAGAAUAAAAGCCUCCUGUUUGUGUCAGUUCAGAGGUUUUAGAUCAAAUGAAAUAAACUCUUUGUAAACACA